UUUAGGCCCCAAAUUUUGAGUCUAUCUUGCUGUGAUCUGGUUUAGUGUAUAAAUAAUACUAGAAAACCAAACCCGUCUCGGUGCUCUUGAAGUCAGAGUUUAGCCUUUCUUUUUUUUUUUUACAUUUCAAGCCAUCAAUCUCUCUUCAGAGGUUUUAGGGUUUCGUCACGGUUAAGUUCAACAUUUCUUCCCCUCCUCUAAACAUGGCUGCCGAACUGAAAGAGGAGGAGAUCCUCGCGGCCAAAUUGGAAGAACAGAAGAUCGAUCUUGAUAAGCCUGAGGUUGAAGACGAUGAUGAUGAGGAUGAUUCCGAUGAUGAUGAUGAGGCAGAAGCAGGACAUGAUGGAGAAGCGGGCGGUCGGUCAAAGCAAAGCAGAAGUGAGAAAAAGAGUCGCAAAGCGAUGCUGAAGCUUGGGAUGAAACCCAUCACUGGUGUUAGCCGUGUCACCAUCAAAAAGAGCAAGAAUAUCAUGUUUGUGAUAUCGAAACCUGAUGUGUUCAAGAGUCCAGCAUCAGAUACAUAUGUGAUCUUUGGUGAGGCUAAGAUAGAGGAUUUGAGCUCGCAGCUUCAGACACAGGCUGCAGAGCAGUUCAAGGCUCCGGACCUCAGCAGCAUGAUUUCAAAGGGAGAAACAUCGAGUGGUGCAGCUGCAGCUGCUGUUGAUCUGGAUGAUGAAGAGGUAGAUGAGGAGGGUGUGGAGCCAAAGGACAUCGAGCUGGUUAUGACCCAAGCAGGAGUGUCUAAGCCAAGGGCAGUUAAGGCUCUCAAGGCCGCUGAUGGAGAUAUAGUCUCUGCCAUCAUGGAGCUUACCACCUAAAUACAAACCUUUUCUACUUAGAUGUGGUUUUCGUGUUUUUGCUUCUUUUUUUUCAAAGUGACUUUGCAUGUUGUAUCAAUACACCAUAAGUUUGGACUCCUUUUCGUAUUUUUAGAGUCUGAGUGGCUUGUUAUGAGUUUAAACUGUUAUCCGUCAUAUCAAGAGAAAUGCAAGUGCUUCGCUUCUUCUCAGAGG